AGUCUGUAAAGGGACUGGGGAGCGUAACCGUAUCAUAUAAAUAUCAUAUACGGUUCUAGCAACUGAUUAGUUUGUUUCCUUUUUGUACCCUUCUAGUCAAGAUCCAAUGAUCGGCUACCUAAAGACCUUUAGAAUUAGUCGGGAGGAUGUCAGUGAGCUCCGCUUCCUCCUGCAUGGACCAGUCGGAGCAGGGAAAUCCAGCAUCAUAAACACUGUCAAAAGCAUAUUUGAAGGACAUCAGUUCAUCAACUGUCUGGCUGCAGCAGAAGUAACAAAGAGCUUUACAGUAAAAUUUAAGAAGUUCAGUCUUCGGAAUGUACCUUUCGCCAUGUAUGAUGGGAUGGGUCUAGAAGAUGGAGAUACAAAAGGGGUGCACGCUGAAGACAUCAUCAACGCUUUAAAAGGCCACAUAGCUGACAACUACGCAUUUAACCCUGCAAGUGCAAUAGACAAUACAAGCAAAUACUACAUCCACAACCCCACUCUGAAUGACCGGAUGCACUGUCUAGUGAGUGUGAUUCCAACAGACAGAAUUUCCCUAAUGAAUGACGAUACCAUUCAGAAAAUGAAGGUGAUCAGAGCAGCAGCGACUAAAUUAGAAAUUCCUCAAGUGCUGUUCAUGACAAGAGUGGACCAGGGGUGCAAGCUGACACAGAACGACCUGGGUAAGAUCUACCAAAGCAAGAAGAUCAGAGAUAAGGUAAUGGAGUGCAGUAACAAGCUGGGUGUUCCAGUGAGCUGCAUCUUCCCUGUGAAGAACUACAGUGAGGAGAACAAGUCCGAUGAGAAGCUGGACUGCCUGAUGCUGGAAGCCUUUAGUCAGAUCGUGCAUUCAGCUAACGACUACUUGGCAGGGUUAAAUGAGGAGCAUGAUAUGGAAUGAGUUUUGAUGAAACUAAGCUUGUUUUUGUUAAUGCUAAUAAUAUAUUAGGAUUGUAAAUAGGCACAUCUGGACACAACAUCUGGACAAUUUUCGUUUCUAAAUACAAGUACUUCCUAUUUUAUACUACAUUAGCAAGGCAACUCAAAGGUACACUAGGUAGGAUUUCCUUGAUAAUUUAUCUUUUUAAAGAAGUACAAUUACAGCUUCAUCCUCACUGCAGAGAUCCAUUGAGGUGUAAUAGGAGCUCUCUUGCGUCUGUGCUGGCCUUCUCUGAGCUCAAACCAGACUCUGUAAGUUUUCCUAGGCGGUCGCGGCCAACGCUUGCGAGAACUGCGCCUCUUUCCAGAACUGUGACCUGCUUUCCGACUGAAGUUAUAACAGUUCUACAAGGACUACAAAAACCCGGUUGAUUAAUUCUUUUACAGACGCUAACUAAUGGUGAUGGACACUAAUGGUGAU